AUGCAAUACGUUGCACCCCAAAACGCCGAUCGACAGCCCCCUUAUGGUCGACUCGACUGGUUCAAGCUCACUGACGACGCGAUCCGUAACGACGUGAGCGCUGCGAUUGCCGCAUUGCACGACAUCAAGUACACAGGGACUGUCAGGGACGACCGAAUGUUUCCCUCCAGGCCCGCCGGAAAAAGCUUUCGCCAGGUUUCCAUCAACAUCAGGCUGAGCCUCAGCAUCUCCAGGGCGUUCCGGCUCAACAAAGGUCUGCCUCUUUCCGGGGGCUCGUACGGCUUGAUGGUUGACUACUGGCAGGCCGCCGCCGAUUUGCGCCGCAAAAACCUUGCAGAUUUUAUUGUUGGAAGAUUUCCCAAUGAUUUCGAGAAAAAGUUCGGUAAAGACAUUAAGACCGUACUUACAGAAAACCCGAUUUCUCACCCGCCUGCCGCUCCCUACAAACAACUCGACUUGGCGAAAACCCUGGAGGAGGCCAAGAAGAUAGACGGCCUUAAUGCUGCUGACGUUGAAGAUUUUGUAAACAAUUACGUCGAUGAUUACAACCUCCACAAGGAUGGAGGAGGAAGAACUCAUGCCGACGCCAUGGAAGAGACACAGGACAUGACCACGUGCUUCAGGGGGUGA